AUGGCUACCAGCUGUCCAGCUGCACCGCACAGCAUCAAGGCUCCCAACCGUCCAGCUGCACCACACAGCGUCAAGGCUACCAGCCGUCCAGCUGCACCGCACAGCAUCAAGGCUCCCAACCGUCCAGCUGCACCGCACAGCAUCAAGUCUAUCAGCCGUCCAGCUGCACCGCACAGCAUCAAGGCUACCAGCCGUCCAGCUGCACCGCACAGCAUCAAGUCCACCAGCCGUCCAGUAGCACCGCACAGCAUCAAGUCUUCCAGCCGUCCAGCUGCACCGCACAGCAUCAAGGCCUUCCCACUGCAACGCACAGCAUCAAGUCUUCCAGCCGUCCAGCUGCACUGCAUAGCAUCAAGACUACCAGCCGUCCCACUGCACCGCCCAAAUGAACAGCACAAUCCAUGCAUUGCCAACAUUUCCUGGCUGCACAAGACUCCUUAA